UACAACAGUUUGGAAAACCUUCAAUCUGGCAGUGCUUCCUACGUGGGCAUUCUUGGACACUUACACCCGGAAUGAAAGCAAGUCACCCUUGAUCCCUAAGGACUGGUUUAAAAAGAAAAUUGCAAGCUUUGAUGAUACGGAAAACAUUGAAGAUGCCAAUAGGCGCCUCAGCUUCCGUGUUGUACAUGUACAGAGGGAGCUGCAAGGCGAGCGAAUACCAGGACAAGGCAACCAGUUCAGAAAUGGAUAAACUAGUGAACUGUAUGUAUAGAAAACCUGAAGCUCUCUUCAGACUUAUCUGCUUUCCCUGGGCUGGAGGUGGAUCAAUAUCUUAUGCUCAGUGGGGAAAACACUUUAAUAAUUCUAUAGAAGUUUAUUCUAUACGUCUUCCUGGAAGAGAAACUCGUUCUAAGGAACCUUUUAUGCAGAACAUUCAGCAGCUCAUUGAUGAAAUUGCCACCAUCUUACUGCCUAGUCUUAAAGAGAAGCCUUUUGCAUUUUUUGGUCACAGUCUUGGGGCAUACCUCAGUUUUGCUACAGCGGAGUACAUUAAACGAAAGCACAGUUUGGAGCCUGUCCAUCUAUUUGUAUCUGGUGCUUCAGCACCACAUUCUGCAGCUCGAUCCUCUGGCCAGAAGAAGUCAGAGCUCCCAGAUGAUGAAUUCUUGAAAUGGAUGACGUCCAUCGGUGGUACCCCAUCUGAAAUUCUUACAAAUAAAGACAUUCUGCAACUGUUUGUUCCAGUUUUAAAAGCAGAUCUUAGACUUUUGGAAUUAAUUAGAUAUGAAAAACCACAGAUGAAGCUUUUCUCCUGUUCUAUCAGCAGCUUUGAUGGAAAACAGGAUGUACCACAUGACCUUGAGGAUCAAGAUGGCUGGUUUGUCCAGUGUUGGUCAAAUAAGAUGGUCCCCACCUGCCCACCAUUGAAAGGCAGAUUAAGGGAACAUCACCUGCAUCCAUACCAUUUCUCCACCACCACCACCAACCCCCCAACUUGCAUGGAAAGACUUAACAACGGGAGAAUUUACCAUCAUAAAGCUUUCUGGAGGCCAUUUUUACCUCAAGGAGCCGGAUAAUGAAAAGUUUUUAAUAGACCACAUCACAAAACACUUAGAAACUGCAGAGGUGGACUACCUUUAAAAGUGUUUCAGUUUUGGUGUGCGAACCUCACAAUCACCACAUUGUCCAAGAGUGGACAAGCUUUUAAUUAGAACUUGAAUGUUUCAUUUAUGCCAUGAUUUUUCUUAAUAUUUUUUAAAGAAUCUGAAAUACGACACAUUAAAAUAAUUAGAAGGCAUUUUGAAAUAUGAAACUUAUUAAUUGUUAAACUGACAAUGUUUUAACCAAGUGCCAUGUUUUUAAAAUUGUAAAUAGUCUGUAUAUCUAAACACAAACAGCAUAAAAUAAUUGCAGUUUGGUCAUUAGUAAUUUAUGUUAUAUAGUAAAAGGAGUAACAAAGAUUUAGUGUUUCCACUUGUGGAACCUGUUCCAUGGGUGUCAAAUUAGGCCGGAUGUGAAUUUUCAUUACUGGCAAAAAAAAAUCCCUCCUUUGCUCUUUUACCACAAACAACAUUUAAGUUGUAAGCAGGUCAGAAUUUUCAAUAUGGUAGGUAUGUUCCCAAAUAUUCUAUAAUGGGUUUUUUUGGAAGCAUAAAGCUAAAAACAAAUUCCAUAUUACAAUUUACAAGAUAUGUUUGGUAGAAACUGCCAGAUUUGCAUUCUGCCUUCAAAUUUUGCCCGUCAGCAAUUUCUGGGAUGACCUUUUUUACUCAUUCCAUUCUGCUGCUUUGUGUCAUGCAUUUUCACUGCAAGCUUUUGUAACGUCUUUGUUCAUGUUUGCAACAAAAAUUAAACAUUUUCAUUUAAAAUGUAAUAUAUUUAUAAGCCACUACCAGUUUGGUUUACAACAAAAAUAAAGAUUCACAAUUCAAGAUUUAAAAAUGUAUUAUGCCAUUUCCAGUAUACAAGUGUAAAGGAGAAUUAAAUAAUUGUUACUCCAGAUCGGAUGCUGCACGAAAGAAACACAGUAAGAUAAGAACACAAUAAUAAAAAAACACAUUAAAUAUAAAUACAUAAGAUACCCUAUAUACAUAGCUUGAUUGUAUGUUCAAAGUAAAUUUAUUAUCAAAGUACAGAUGUUCACCAAAUACAACUCUGAGAUUCAUUUUCUUGCAGGCAUACUCAGUAUAUCCAAUAACCGUAAUAUAAUGAAUGAAAGACCACACCCAACAAUGCAGACAGGCAAUGUGCAGAAGACAACAAACUGCAAAUACAAAAUAAUAAAUAAAUAAAGUAAUAAGUAUUGAGAACGUAAGAUGAAGAGUUCUUGAAAGCAAGUCUGUAACUGUGAGAAAAGUUCAGUGAUGGCGCAAGUGAAAAUAAAUGAAGUUAUCCCUUUUGGUCAAGAGUCUGAUGGUUGAGCAGUAAUAAAUCUUCCUGAACAUGGUGGUGUGAGUUCACCAGCUCCCAUACCUUCUUCCUGAUGGCAGCAACAAGAAGAGAGCAAGGCCUGGGUGGUGGAGAUUCCGAAUGAUAGAUGCUAGUUUCCUAUGAUAAUGCUGCAUGUAGAUAUGCUCAAUGGUGGAGGGGGCUUUACUCGUGAUGGACUGGACCGUAUCAACUUCUUUUUGUGGAAUUUUCUAUUCAAGGACAUUUGUGUUUCCGUACCAGGCUGUGAUGCAGCCAGUCAAUAUACUCUCCAUUACAUAUCUAUAGAAAUUUGUCAAAAUUUUAAACGCCGUGCCAAAUCUUUGCAAACUUCUAAGCAAGUAGAGUUACUGUGGUGCUUUCUUCAUAAUUGUACUUGUGUGCUAGGCCCAGAACAAAUCCUUUGAAGUGAUAACACCAAAGAAUUUAAAGUUGCUGACCCACUCCACCACUGAUCACUUGAUGAGGACUGGCUCAUGGACCCCAGGUUUCCUCCUCCUGAAGUCAGUAAUCAGCUCCUGGUCUUGCUGACAUUGAGUAAAAGAUUGCUGUUGUGGCACCACUCAGCCAGAUUUUCAAUCUCCCUCCUAUAUGCUGAUUCGUCACCACCUUUGAUUCAUCCUAGGACAGUGGUGUUGUCAGCAAACUUAAAUAUGGCAUUGGAGCUGUGCUUAGCCACACAGUCAUAAGUGUAAAGCAAGUAGAGCAGGAGGCUAAGCACACGGCUUUGUGGUGCACUUGUGCUGUGGGAUCUUGUAGAGGAGAUGUUUCCAAUCUGAACUGACUGUGGUCUGCAAGUGAGGAAAUUGAUGAUCCAAUUGCACAAGGAGAUGUUGAGGCCAAGAUAUUGAAGCUUAUUGAUUAGUGUUGAGGGUAUGACAGUUUUGAAUGCCAAGAUGUAUUCAAUAAAGAGCACCCUAAUGUGUGCACCGUUUCUGUCCAAAAGUUCUAGGGUUGAGUGAAGAGUCACUGAAAUUGCAUCUUUUGUGGAACUGUUGUGCCAGUAAACAAAUUGGAAUGGAUUAAAGUCACUUCUCAGGCAAGAGUUGAUGUGUUUCAUCACCAGCCUCUCAAAACACUUCAUCACCGUGGAUGUUAAGUACUACUGGAUAGUCUUUGAUGCAGGUUACCACGUUCUUAGGUAUCAGUUUAAUUGAAAUCUGUUUGAAGAAGGUAGGUACCUCAGACUGUCAAAGUGAAAGGUUAAAAAUCUCAGUGAACACUCCAGGCAGUAGAUCAAGACAGGUCUUUAGCUUUCGGCCAGGUAUCUCAUCUUGGCUGGAUGCUUUCUGUGGGUUCACCCUCCUGAAAGAUGCUUUCAUGUCAGCUUCCAGAGACUGAAAUCAUGUCAUUCGGGGCUGUGGGACUUUGUGAUGGUACCUCAAUAUUUUGAUAGUCAAAGUAAGCAUAAAAGGCAUUGAGCUCAUCUGUGAGCAAAGCCCUUUUGUCAUCUAUAUUGCUUGAUUUCACUUUGUAAGAGGUGAUAGCAUUCAAGCCCUACCACAGCUAUCAAGCAUCCUUCAUUGGUUUAAGUUUUGACCCAAAAUGCCACUUCAGCUGUGAGAUGGCUUUCCGGAGAUUGUACCUGCACCCUCUAUAGCUUUCUUGAUCGACAGACUUGAAUCCCUUUGAUCUGGCCCUCAGCAGAUUGUGGAUCCAAGGCUUCUGGUUGGGGAAAACUCCGAGUGAGUUUGUGACUACACACUCAUCUAUGAUUAUCCAUGAAGUGACACUAGGCACAAGAGUGUCUAAAGCAGGGGUUCCAAACCUGGAGUCCUUGGGCCCCUUCCUUAAUGGUAUUGGUUCAUGGCAUAAAAAAGGUUGGGAACCCCUCAUCUAACGUAAUCAUAUAUUUUAUAAUGAAUUGAGAUGUCCUUUGUAUUUUGACAAGUGUCAUUUCAAAUGUAAAUAUCUUUUUCAAUGAACAUUAAUCGGGUUUUAAACUUACUGAAGUACAUGAAUGCAUAAGCAGAUAAUUUGCAUCUGGAUUGUAUAAGAAUCACUUUAUUUUAAAUAAGAGAAAAAGCAAAUAAAAGUUAUGUUAAAUACAGGAGGUUAAAUUACAUUCAGAUUUAGAACCAGGUUUUUUAUCACUGGAUUAUGUCAUGAAAUCUGUUGUUUUGCGGUAGUAGUACAUUGCAAUAAUAAUAAAAACUAUAAAUUACAAUAAGUAUACAUAUAAAUUAAAUAGGCAGCGCAAAAAAUACUGAGAUAGUGUUCAUGGGUUCAUUGUCCAUUCAGAAAUCUGGUGGCAGAGGGGAAGAAAAUGAAACACUUAAGUGUGUGUCUUCCGGCUCCAGUACCACACUCUUGAUGGUAGCAAUGAGAAAAGGGCAUGUCCUGGAUGCUAGACAGGCUGGUGCCCAUGAUGGAGCUGGCUGAGUUACCAACUUCUGCAGCUUUUUCUGAGCCUGUGCUGUGGCCCCUUCAUACCAGACGGUGAUGCAACCAGUUAGAAUACUCUCCAUAGUACAGCUGAAGAAAUGUUCUAAUGUCUGUGCUGACGUACCAAUUCUCCUCAAACUGUUGGAAGCCUAUUGAAUAGUUCCUUACUACAAUGAGAUGGACUUUCGACUUCUCAGUCUACCUCAUUAUGACCUGUCAUCACUGCAAUGCCUUUUCUUGGGUUGAAGAUUAACACGAGAGGCUGAUGGUCAGUCAACAGGGUAAACUUUUGAUCACAGAGGUAGUGACUGAAUUUCUUGACUCCCCACACAAGGAUUAGGGCCUCUCUGUCAAUCUGUGCGUAGUUGCAUUCAGCUGAAGUUAGUGUUCUUGAGGCAAAGGCUAUUGGUCUUUCGGAGCCAUCUGGAAACUUGUGCAAUAACACAGCUCCUAUCCCAUGGGGUGAGGCAUCACAAGCCAGCCAGAUUGGUAAGGAGGGGUCAAAGUGUGCGAGCAUCCCUUCUGAAGUUAUGAGUCCUUUAGUUUCUUGAAACGCUUUCUCACAGUUCUCAGUCCACUUCCAUUGUGUCCCUGUCUGUAAUAGUGCAUUUAGUGGGUGUAGAACUGUGGAUAGGGUAGGCAAGAACUUGUGGUAACAGUUCACUAGUCCAAAAUAUGUUCUCAGCUGAGACACAUUUUCAGGUGGUGAUGCCUUAAGCACUGCUUCUAUCUUGUCUUGAGACAUGUGUAAGCUAUCCUUGUUGAUCACAUGCCCACAGUAUGAGAUUUUCUUUUUGAAAAACUCACAUUUCUGUCGAUUAGCUCGGAGCCCAUAUUCUCGUAACCUGGUGAGCACUUGUUGAAGGUUAGAAAGAUGUUCGCCAAAAGGGGGGAAUGGGGCCUACCUUCUCUUAGCGAUUACUAUUUUGCAGCACAGUUGAGAACUGUGAUAUGCUGGUGAAAUCCAUCAUAUAACGCUCAAUGGAAAAACAUUGAGGACAGGAUACUUUCCAUCCCCAUACAGGCAAUUUUGGCUGUUAACAAUCUACAAAGUUACAUAAAUACUAUUGAUAACCCAUGGGUGAAAUGGACUCUUAAAAUAUGGAAAACUAUUAUAAAAGAAUAUAAACUAGAGAGAGACAUUGCAAUUCUUAAAUGGUGUGCAUAUGACUCUGAUUUUACGCCGAACAAACUGGAUGCUAGAUUUAAGGACUGGACAGCUAAAGGAAUAACAGCUAUUUGCAAUAUAAUGAAAGAAAGAACACUGCUCAGUUUUGAAAUACUCAAGGAGAAACACUUAUUAGAAAAACAAGACUUUUAUCGGUAUUUACAGAUGCAAUAGUAUGUUAAUAGGACAGUUAAAAAUGCAACCAAGGCAAGUACAUGUCUGAUAGAGCUAUUUAGAAAAGCAUAGAAUUCAGACAACGGUAGUAGAAUCAUUUCAAGCGUGUAUAAGGGUUUGUCAAAUCUUAAAACACAUUCGACUUCAUACAUUAAAACAAAAUGGGAGAAGGAAGGAGGGAUAAUAAUAUCUGAGGAAGAAUGGACAAUAAUAUGGAGGUAUCAAUGGGAAGUGUACCAGUUCACAGAAAUGGAGGGAGUUCGAGUAGAAAAACUUGAUAAGGUAUUUUAUUACACACUCUCAGAAAUCCCAUUAAGAUGGUAACCUCCCUGUCUGCUGCAGAAAUUGUGGAAAUCAAAAUACAAACCAUUAUCAUAUUUUCUGGGAAUGGCCCAUUACCAAAGACUAUUGGAGUGGGAUACACAAUGCCCUACAAGACAUCUUUAAAUGUGAAAUACCCUUAGAGAGUAAGACCAUAUAUUUUGGGUACAUACCUCCAGAAUGGUUGAAAAGAGAUAAAUAUUUAAUGAAUAUACUGCUGGUGGCUGGUAAAAAAAACCCUUACCAGGAAAUGGUUAUCACAGGAGAGCCCAACUUUAAAUGUAUGGAUGGAAUGCAAUGGACAUUUACAAAAUGGAGAAGAUAACAGCAUCUGUUAAUCAUAAGUUGGAACAAUUUGAUUCACACUGGGAAAAUGGUUUAACUACAUAACACCUCAGAGGCCUGAUUUUAUUCUCACAAGUCAAUGAAUAUGUUGUAAAAAAAAGAUCACUCCCUACUUUGUACAUAGCUUACUUCUUUUGAUCGUUCUUUCUUUCCUCUCCUUUCUACGAGUGUAUACCUCAGAUAAAUAUUAUGUGGAGAUUUGUGAUAAAUAUG